GGAAAGUGUACCGGCAGAGUCUUGGUUUGCGAUAAGAAAUAUAUAUUAUGGAAGUGCAUAUUUACAAUAAGGGAAUACACGAAUUGUGUAUUGAAUAUGCAAAAUGACAGGUGUCCAGGAUCGAAAGUGAAAGUGACACAUAUUUGCAACUGGAAAUUCCCAAAAUUUGAGAUCCCGUCAUGGCAAGGGUUCUCAUAACAGGUGCAUCUGGACUCCUUGGGCGGGCUAUAUUCCGUGAAUUCACUGCAUUGCAAUCCUGGGAAACUCUGGGACUUGCAUUUUCAAGAUGUGGCGCAAACUUAAAGAAAGUUGACCUGACUAAAGAAGCUGAAGUUGUUGCUGUGAUACAAGACUUCAAGCCUAAUGUCAUCAUCCACAGUGCAGCUGAGAGGCGUCCUGAUGUUGUUGAGAAGCAAGAAGACAAGACUAAAGCUCUUAAUGUUACAGCAACACAAACUAUAUGCCGAGAAGCAGCCAAAGUUGGGGCAUUUGUGAUGUACUUGAGUACAGACUAUGUAUUUGAUGGUACUUCACCCCCUCACAAGGUAACUGAUGAGCCCAACCCCCUAAAUAAAUACGGCAUCAGCAAACUUGAAGGAGAGAAAACUGUAAGAGAAGCAAGUGCAGAUAACAUUGUGCUGAGGGUGCCUAUACUCUAUGGUACAAUUGAGAGUCUCUCUGAGAGUGCUGUCACUAUAUUGUUCAAGCAAGUCAGGGAUACAUCGACACCAUGUAAGAUGGAUGACCUCUUACGUAGAUUCCCGACACACUGUGAUGAUGUAGCAUUUGUCAUCAGACAGCUAGCUGAAAAAAGAAUGCAGGACCCCAGCUUAACCGGAGUUUUCCAUUGGAGUGGUGAUGAAAAUAUGACUAAAUAUGACAUGUCACUAGUAAUGGGCGAAAUCUUUGGAAUAUCAACCAAUCACAUCGAAGCUGACAAAAAUCCACCUAAAGGUGCCCCACGGCCAGAAAAUGCCCAGCUUGAUCCCUCUAGAUUGGAACACUUGGGAAUUGGAAAGAGAACAGCAUUUAGAAAUGGAAUAAAAGCUGCAUUGGAGCCCUUUCUUAUAUAAGUAUAGGGACUCUUCAGGGGCCAACAGAGUAUUUAAGGUUGGGAGUAAUACAAGACUAUGCACUGCAUAUAUAAUUGCAGGAAACACAGUGGGUUUAACAUGUAAAGCUUUUCAGCUUUAACUACAUUAACAGAGAAAAUAUUAAGUUAUUCAACACCAAACUUUGAAUUGCUUCAAAAGACCAUUAAAUCAUGGAACCUAUUGUUUUUGGUGUCAUUUGUACGUCGAAUGAGAAAAUGAAGAAUUUCACUGAAAUAUGUACCGGCAAAAUUUACCAAAAAUCUAUUGGAAAUGAAAAUGCUACAUACUUGUUCAUACUGUAUUUACAUGUAAUGCUUAGUGAGAAAAUGGAGAAUUUCUCUGAAAUAUGUCAGGGCAAAAUUUCCAAAAAUCUCUUGGAAAUGAACAUACUCCAUACUUGUUUAUACUGUAUUUACAUAAUGAGAAAAUGAGAAUUUCACUGAAAUAUGUCAAGGCAAAAUUCAGACUACAUUGAUGGAUCUGUACGCUUUUGCACUGCAAUAAUUAAGAUAGGUAACAUUUGUAUAAUUUAAGGGAAUAUACAUAUGAUAUUUUAUUUCAUUUCAUCAGGUUUUAAUAGCCUUUUGGCUUACUACAAUCUUGUUGCUAAGGAAUGUCUCAGCAUAACAACAUUUUCAGAUGUACAAAAUAAUAUAUAAAUAAUAAACAUAUUUAUAUAUACACUGAAAACUGAUAUGUGAAUAAAUCUUUUUACCAAAAAUGAAAAGUAUCAUGAAUUCUACACUAAUUCAAUUAACGUCAGUUCCAACUACCUUAGGUUAAAACGAUAAACAAUAUAGUUCUAAAAUCCUUAUAUUAACCACCAUUCUUCGAGCGUAGUUACUGUUCAAUUAGAUACAAAAAACUAUCACAAAGCGAUUCGGACACUGAUGAUACAUCUCCAAACUCUGCUCACAACUCUGUCAAAAGAUGGCGUCCAAUUCAAUCAGUUGUUUGUAAUCAUCUACAAGUAUGCUACUUAAAAAUCUCAAACAAUAGAUUGCACAUUUCCAAGAUAUUCUCGGCAUCAAGCUUUUUAUAUAAGAACAGAAUAACAGUAUCUAUAUGAAGAUUGUCUAAGAGUACCUGUAUAUGUGAGCACCUU